AUGGAGUCCCAAUUCACGAACGCAGAGCUUCAACUCGGCAUAGAGCGAAGUCGUAAAUACAAAGGAACCGCUAAAAUCGACCUGGAAGACAUUGCCUUCUAUCCAGACAUCUCACAGUCCCUUGAGCAGCACAAUGUGGACCGACUCUGUACAAUAUUUCGAAACGAAGGAUGCCGCCGACUGGAGGUUCAGAACCAUGUGACUGCCGUAGUUUCCCAGCAACACCUCCAUACUGCGCUACAAGCGGCCGGAAAGACCCCCGAUGUAUUACUGACUUUGGACCCAAAUCUGUUUCCUCACCUUCGAUUCCCCGCUCAUCAGGUCCGUUGCCUACACGGUCGACAUCGGAUCCGAGCCGGCAAGGAAGUCCUCCCUAUCAGCGAUCGCUGGUGGACGGUGGACCUGUACCUGGAAGAUAUCAGCCAAGAAUUACGCUCGGCUCUCAUCGAUGAGUACGCCAAUGAAAAACAGCCAAGCGACGGAGAAAUCUACCGCAAAAUCCGUCAAUAUCAACGGGAACACAAUGCUGCCUUUGAAAAACGAUGGUGGGCACGCCUGAGCGAAGAUAAGGCUCGACGUCUUCGACAGCUUUCUAACGAUAUUGACCUCCGCUCGGCAUUUGAUGGGUUGCUGCCCAUCCCUGGGCUCUGGGGAGGAAUGAGCUUGGGAAACCUCGGAAAGAUGAUGGCAUUGAAGUGUGAUGAGGAAAUCGUGCGUUAUCUGAGCAUCCACCUGAGAGGAUUCUGGGUGUCUCUGGUCAGUUCCGACCCCGCCCAUCCGGAUAUCGACGCGAUGAUGAAAGUCGACUCCCACAGUGUGGACAGGUUGGAGCUUCUGGCGCCGGGAGCAUCUCUCACGGAUGCCAGAACUGUCGAAGGUUGGUUGGCUAGUGGCGAGGUCUUUCGCGGAUUCAGCCCUUUGGAGAGACGUCGGAUGUGGGAAUGGCUGCGAGACUAUGAUGGCAUUAUUCCCUCGCUGCGGUCCUUCUUUCAGGAUCUUGAGUAUCUCAAGUCUUGUGCUGAUACGGUCAAACGUCUCGUGAAACCGACCAAAAUGGCACCCACCCUCCGCAAGGCCAUGGAACGUCAUUGGGUUCCUAGUGAGGUCGAAGAGGGAAUACCCAUCCAGACGUCUGAAUGUACUUUCGAGCAGCGUUCCGGCAGCCGUCUCAUGCAUCAGGCGCUGGCUUAUCGGCAGGUCUGGCUAUAUGCGAUGCGUCAUUACCCGCAAAUGCCGAGGGACCCGACCAAACCAGACCGAAAGGCGAAACCGAGAAAUGGGAAAGUGGAUGAAACGGCGAUUUACGAGAUGGCGAAACUCGCGCGACAGCUCGGCUUCCAAUCGACCGCGAUUGAGACUUUGAUCGAUCAGUCGCCCGAUGUGCUGAUUGCACGGCGCGUCCUGCUCGAGGCACGGCAGCCGGACCGCUAUGAAUACCAUGCCGAUGUUUUCCACACAUUGGUUCGUCAGAUUGUCGAAUGCUUUUCAGUGGCCACCCCUCGCGAACAUCUCUUCCCUUCCGAUCCCCCGGGGAAUUCUUCGGCCGAUUUGCAGGCUCGUAGUGGACUUCCCACCAUCGAUGCGCAAAAAAGCGACAGUCGGUUUCUUUUCCUCCCUCAUCUCCAUGGAAGCCGCGUGGUCGCAGAGACGGUAUCGACCUGGUAUGUGAGGCGAUGCGUAUACUUGGCUUUUUUCGGACCGCUG